AACAUCUCGCCGCAGAGAAUUUUGCUAGAUAACAAAGGUGAAACAGACGUGAAAUACGAGGAAAGCGAGACCACAUUUUUAGUGCAUUCUAACUGGACUUUAAAAGUGGAGCCCUUUCUCCGCGUUUCAGCGCAUGACAGCAUGGCGUGUGCUCUUCAAUGCCGUAAACGUGUCGUCUGUUUGUCCUUUAACUUUGCUGUAUUUUCUCGAAGCAAGAACUGUGAACUGCUGCAGGGGGACAAGUACACUUCUCCAAACAAUUUCCAACCAAGUUCUCUGUACCAUAAUCAUUACAGCAGAAUAGUAAGUACUUAUUAAAAUAUUGUUACCCUGUUUAAUUUGCGUAUGUGGGGUGUUUCAUGAUACUUACUAGGAAAUUCCAUUCUCGCCCCCAACUCCUGUUGAUCCUAUAUUUUUGCAUUUGUUUUUAUUUUGUUUUUAUUUAUUUAUUUAUUUUUUUAUUAUUUUUCUAGAAGGAGAAUUUUAUGCUUUUGGAUAGAUCAACAAUUUGGUUCAAAGAUUAAAGAAAAUAACACCUUUCUUAAUCUUUUUGCUUUUAGAGUCCGUGUGAAUACAACCCUUGUAAAGACAACACCACAUGUAGACCACUUUACAACGUGAAUGGUUUUUUGUGCGAAGGUGUCGAAGGUCGAAUUAAAAGAGGUAUGAUCAUAGUAACUAUUGGCGACAUCUUUUCUAGAGUGAAUGACACCGUUAAAAUUUUACUAUUUAAUCAUGAAUUGUGGUGCAAAUUUGUGGCAAAUGUAAAACUCCUUGUGUUUAUUUUAUUUAUUCAUUUUCGGUCACGUGGACUUUAACUAGGAGAAAAACUAGAAAGGUCCUGAAGGUCUGUCGCUGAAUCUUCAUGUCGCUCUCUCCUCCGCCGAGGCCUCUUGGUGUCGUAGGGAAGCUGGGGAGAAUGAACUGACAAAGAAAGCGCGUGGAGCACAAUGGGAAGGGGAAAGAGACUGAAGCUCCCGCCUUUCCCUCUUCCCACCGUCCCCCGCGCGCUUUCUUUUUUUCGAGUAUCACUGAAUGUAUUUUUAUUGGGAUAUCCAUCGAGAGUCUCUGCAGAGUCGAGAGUUCAGGUCGUUUUGUGCCCGGGAAGAUUAAACAUUUUGAAAGUCUGGGCUGUUUUGUUCGAUGUUUUGGUUUUGGCGUUGGUUUUUGAUAAUGUUUGUUUGUUUGCUUUUUUAGUUUCUUACAUAGUGGAUAAUCAUUGUAUACUCUACUUUUAAGUAGAUUAAAAUCUUCUUUGCAUUUCUUGGACUGAAUUUGCUUCAUGUUUACAGUAGUUAGAGUUUUGGAUAAUAACAAACCUUAAGAAUGGCGUUUAGGGUUGAUUAGAAAUAUCCAAAAGCAUUAUUCAGUCUAUUCAGCACAAUUUUGACACCCAUCAUAUCAAAUUUCGUUUAUUGACCAAAGACCGUCACAAAUUCGUCAAAUGAAUAUUGCCGAUUUUUGUAACGAAAUGGUCUCGUCACAUACCGCUUGACGUCCUACUGUCUACAACGAGGCUUGUAUUGACCUUGUUUUGAUACAACCCUUCCUUCUUUAUUGUGUGAAUCAUUUUGUUCUCAUGCUAACUAUUAUUUUUCAAGCAUAAUUUUCAUAAGAAAAGGAAAGAGGUUUGUAUCAAAACAAGGUCAACCUCAGCCUCACGUUCACUCAAAGGCAAGGAUACAAAAUUUACGACUUCAUAAUGGUCUAUUCAAUAUUUUUUCUUGGUUGAAGCACUUAAUGUGACAGUAAUUUUCGUUUUUUUUUUUUUUCAGCUGCCCCUUGGUUUAAAAUGAAUAACGAGAGAGUGUGUUUUGGUGCCAAGAAUGAUUCAUUCGGCAGCUUCAACGUACUACACAAUGGGACCAUCUUAACAUUUAAGCUUGUUUACAAGUCCGGAUAUGUCACGUGCAACUCAAAGAACUUACCGUAUGGCAGCCACUGGGCAUGUAAUAACCGAGAGAGAAUCGGAACAAUAAUCACUAACGGUGAAAACAAAGUAAUUUUCCCUCAUAAUUACAAGAACACGUCUUUCACGCUACCAAGCUACCACUGUAACUCGUCAAGACUGAUUUAUCAUUUAUCUCCGCAGAUGGUGGACGGGGGUGAAGAGUUCAGAAUUUGGUACCACGAGGAUUAUCGAAAUCAGAAUGAAAAUGAUAAUGCUGGUAAUACGUGUACUGAUGUGUAUGCUUUGUACAACUAA